CACUGCGCAUGUGCAAAAAUGUGACGUUUACUUUGGCAUCCACGGGUGGCGAUGUGAAGGACUAACGGCACAGGCGUAUUGGUCUUCAAAAGGAAGUUACAAGAUCGUCGUCACUCUCGUUUUAAGGCUUACUUCAAAACUUUGGGGGUUUUUCACCUGAAUGUACACCGAAAAUACAAGCUAAUACAGGACGUGAACGGCAAGCUAACGCGAACUAGCAUUACCGCCUCAAGCCCCCAGCUAUACACACAUUUGCUAGCUGUUGGAAACGGGCAAAUAUUUUUGUGUUGGAGCAGCAGUGCAACGUUUCUUUCGUCCGAAUGCAACCGUUGAGAUGGUUGUCCUGAAAAAGCGCGUCACUGACCCGUGAUGAGCUAAAUUGAUGUUUGGAUACCAAACGGUACCGCUGACAGAUAACUGCGGAGGAGUCAGCAGAUGACGAGAGUGAGCGAGGCAGCCUCCACGCCUGCGGACACAUGUUGACCUGUCACAAAGACUACCGAUUAGUAGAGCAUCCCUGCCUAGCAAUAUAUGAGUGGACUCUGGAGGCGAGACAUGGCUUUGUCAGAGAGGCUGGCGAAUGACUCUCCAGCAGGCCUUGCACUCAAGGCCCCCGCGACGAUGCCCCCUCAGGGCUCAAACUCUUCCUUCAUACCAGAAACCCCGGUGGUCACCGCAGAGCAGCCCAUUUUCCUCAUGACCUCUACCGCCCAAACGAUAUCAGGUUUUUUUGUUUGGACGGCACUGCUGAUCACAUGUCACCAGAUCUACAUGCACCUACGUUACUACAGCUCCCCAAAUGAGCAGAGACAUAUAGUGAGGAUUCUCUUCAUUGUCCCAAUUUAUGCCUUUGACUCCUGGCUCAGCCUUCUGUUCUUUACCAAUGAGGAGUACUACGUGUACUUUGACACCGUCAGAGACUGCUACGAAGCCUUCGUCAUCUACAACUUUCUCAGUCUGUGUUACGAAUAUCUGGGAGGCGAGAGUGCCAUCAUGGCUGAAAUCAGAGGAAAACCCAUUGAGUCGAGUUGCAUGUAUGGGACCUGUUGUCUGUGGGGCAAGACCUACUCCAUUGGCUUCCUCAGGUUCUGCAAACAGGCCACUCUGCAGUUCUGUGUGGUCAAACCACUAAUGGCCAUCAUCACCGUCAUUCUCCAGGCCUUUGGGAAAUACAAAGAUGGCGAUUUCAAUGUGGCAAGUGGCUACUUGUACGUGACCAUCAUCUACAACAUCUCAGUCAGCCUGUCGCUGUACGCGCUCUUCCUCUUCUACUUUGCCACAAGAGAGUUACUGGUCCCCUACAGCCCCGUGCUGAAGUUCUUCAUGGUCAAGUCUGUCAUCUUCCUUUCCUUCUGGCAAGGAAUGCUGCUGGCCAUUCUUGAGAAGUGUGGUGCCAUUCCGCAGAUAAACUCUGCUGACUUUUCUGUGGGUGAGGGAACCGUCGCUGCCGGCUACCAGAACUUCAUCAUUUGCAUUGAGAUGUUCUUCGCCGCCGUUGCUCUGCGCCACGCCUUCACCUACAAGGUCUAUAUGGACAAAAGGCUGGAUUCAUAUGGCUCAUUUCCGAUCUAUGGACAGUACGGCCGCUGUGCACCAAUGAAGAGCAUCUCCAGCAGUCUGAAGGAGACGAUGAACCCAGGGGACAUGCUUCAAGACGCCAUCCAUAACUUCUCGCCAGCUUAUCAGCAGUAUACCCAGCAAUCCACCCUGGAGCGAGGCGGAGGGCCAGCUCUUUCUCGCAGCCACAGUAACCUCAGCACCAGAGGGGACAAUGAGAAGACGCUGCUGCUCAGCUCUGACGAUGAGUUCUGAGAUUCCACCACGUCUUUCUUUCAGAAGCCAUGACCGAGAUAAGGAAUUGAGGGGAAAGUUUGGGUGUUUCUAGAAUAUGUUCAUUAGACGGCAAAGUUAUGACUUUUGUUAUUAGCGUCAAAGAGGCCGUUAGAGCAUGGAAGCUGUGUUUGCAAUUUGUGUUUGAUUCACCAUAUGGCUACAUGUAGCUUCCUGAUACUGCACUUUAAACCCCACAGCUAAAGCUAGACGACGGCUACUGUACGUAUAUUGAGCUGCAGCUACAAAGUGCCAUCAUUUUCUGACUUGUGGUGGCUUUUGUCAACUUUUGUCAUGUUCACUCUUGGGUUGAAGUUAUACCGGAAACUUGCCAAAUAGUGAGAGGAGGAAAAUGGACUCCCAAUUAAUAACACACUGACAGAUUAUUUUUUUCUCAACUGAAUCAGGGCUUUAUUCACACAUAUACAAAUGUAUGAAAAUCAUUCCAUAUAAAACCUUGAAGGUAUGGAUUAGGUAUGAACAUUGUUAUUCCAGAAAUGGCAUAUGGCACUUGGUUUAGAUGGGGGCGGGGGACAACUGUCAUGGCGCGACUGAAGCUGAUGACCUGCUAAUAUUUGCGAAUCACCAAGGGAUGUGAUUUAGGAGAGAUUUUAGUGGGCUGGGAAAAAUGACAGAAGGGCAACGCCCACACAGAUUAGUGAAUAUGCAGCAUGGCCCAGCUGUGGCGUGCACUGGAUUGUAAUCUCACAAUUAAGGUCACUGCAUGUAUUCCGGAUCAAGGCGGCCUUGAGUCAGUAGGUAAAUUGUUACAGACAGAUAAACAAAAACAUGAAAGAGGAUAAACAUGACUGCAUUUGUUUCUUAAAAUGGAAUUGUUGCUUUUACGAUGCAGAGAUGCUGUGUAAGGGGAAAUGCAAGAGCCUCACGACAGUCAAUCCCAGGAGGCAACCGAAAACUAACCCAUAUUAAUGUUAUUAUUUCAAGACGGACUGUGUUUGGGUAGACUUUUGUUCAUCAGGUGCUGUUGAUUUUGUGUUUUUGCGGCAGCCAGUAGACGUUUGUGGUUGUGAUUGUCAAUGUUUGAUGGCGGAGCACUGCGGCAAACCCCCACUGUUGCCUCAAAGUAACGAUUGCCUGUUUUUGGCAAAUGCAAAACAGCGUGUCGAAUGUGGGUUAAGUAAAGAGAGCUAAAGUUAAUUCAAAACUAAUGUGGGGGCCAUGAUCAAUGGACACAAAUGGCAUUUUCUAGCUGUGACAACUAUUCCAGUUGCAUUUCCGACAAACUCAUGUCUGCGAUGAUUAAUACAUCAUUUAUCCAGCCUUUCAUUGAAUCUUUUUCCUCUUAAUACAAUUAUAAGAUCCCAUAAUUGAAUUGGAUGUAUUACAUGAGGACACAUUCCAGAAAGAAAAUAAUGUUGUGAAUAACAGUUUAAACACUGUAAAACAUUUCAUGAUUAUGACUUUAAUGGCAUUGCUACAUAUAGUACUAUGUUUUACUAUUUUAAUUUUGAUACAUUGCUGUUAUGUUUCUCUUGUAUACAUUUGAUCUGUGUAUUGUUGGUAUUAUAUACUUUUAUGCUGUUGGGUUUUGUUAGUGUUGAAAGGGAAAUAAACGUUUAGACAAAA